AUUGAAUGACAGUAUAAAUGUCAACUACGCAUGUUUAUUACUCCUUCCUUUACUACUCUAUUUCUAAUUCAGUUACUUGAUUACGAUACGAGUGAUAAGAGCGUAGAUGAAUUUAUAUUAAUUGUUAUCAACUUAAUCAUUCAGUAUUUAGUCAUACCAUGUGCGUGUUACAUCGUUAAUGUGAUUUUUUGUUAAUUUAAAUUUCGCUUUUACAAUGGCGGGUAUUUUAUCCCUGGUUUGGUUUAUUGGUUCAGUUUUAGUAACGCCGUUUUUGGUGAUUUUAUUAUGUAUUGUAUUUCUUGCCUCUAUUGGAAAGUCAUUAGGUGUUAGAAGACUUUAUGUUAAACUUCUUUUAAUCAUAUUUGAGUAUGGUCGUGCAAACAUUGAAACCGCUCAAAAACAAGCACACCGAAAUGAAGACAGCGACGACGAUGAAAUCACUGCCCCCAACAACAACACCGCCGAUGAACUCAAAGACAAACUUAUCAAGCCGCCAAAUGGCAUUAAAAAACCCAACAAUGGCUACGUGCCAAACGAUAAUUCGGUUAUAAGCAGAGAUGAUAAAUUGAUUUUGUUGCCCGAACCUUUGCAGAAAAAGGACGAAAGUGGAGAGAUAACCGAAACUAAGGAUGAAUACAAGGAAUAUUAUUUGAGCAGUAUUUUUGAUUAUUUGAAAGCCGGUAUGGAAGCCAUCAUCGAAGAUCAAGUCACGUCGAGGUUUGAAGCUGAAGAAUUAAAGAAUUGGAAUUUAUUGAUUCGCACCAAUCGGAGAUACGAAUUUAUAUCAUGGAAACUUACCGCGAUAUGGGUGUGCGGAUUUUUCGUCAGAUAUUUCUUCCUGUUUCCGUUGAGAGUCACCAUUUGCUUUUUUGGGUGCGUUUGGAUGGUGGGCUUGACGCCAUUGUUGGGCGCCUUACCCGAUAGUUCCUUCAAACGGUGGAUCAACUCGAAAGCCUACAUAAUAGCCUUCCGCAUUAUGGCCCGUUCCCUAACUGGCGUAAUUCGCAUUCAUAAUAAGCAAUACAUGCCUAAGAAGGGUUCCGUGUGUGUAGCAAACCACACCACCCCUUGCGAUGUUGUUAUUUUAUCCACAGAUAAUUGUUACUCGUUGAUUGGCCAAAGUCACGGCGGCUUUUUGGGCAUUUUGCAGCGAGCUUUGGCUCGCGCCUCCCCACAUAUCUGGUUCGAGAGAUCCGAAGUUAGAGAUCGUCAUGCAGUAGCAAAUAAAUUGAAAGAGCACGUGUCCAACCCCAAAAAUCCUCCCAUAUUGAUUUUCCCCGAAGGCACUUGUAUUAACAACACGUCCGUAAUGCAGUUCAAGAAAGGGAGUUUUGAAGUUGGUAGUGUUAUCUAUCCUGUGGCCAUAAAAUACGAUCCACGUUUCGGCGAUGCUUUUUGGAAUAGUAGUAAAUACUCAAUGAUGCAAUAUUUGUAUAUGAUGAUGACCAGUUGGGCCAUCGUUUGUGAUGUUUGGUAUUUACCACCGAUGCAACAGGAAGAGGGCGAGAGUGCUAUAGAUUUUGCAAAUCGGGUCAAAAGUGUGAUAGCUAAACAGGGAGGGUUGGUUGACCUGGUCUGGGAUGGUCAACUCAAACGUACAAAACCAAAGAAAGAGUGGCGCGAACGGCAACAAGAAGAGUUCAGUAAACGACUUAAAAUAGAAUAGGCCGUUGUAUUAUCGGCGCGAUUUUAAUUCUGUUAUUCAUUUUUUACACAAAAACCAUCUAGUCUCAUAAUUUUUCAAUCUGUUUCAUCGUGAUAGAAGUAGAUAUUAGAUUCACUUUAGCGUUAUUAUGAAUUGCGUAAUUAGAGUAAUUUGAAGUACAUUUUUUGGCCUAAAUGUUGUUUGUUUGAUGCUUCAAAGUCUUCAAGUUGCUCAUAUCAGUGUCAAAAUUUCAUGUAAAAAUGCAGAAUGUAUUUGACAAUAUAAAUGAACUGAAUAUUAUUUUGUCCACAAAAAGCUUCAAAGUGUUACACAGUACUGGAAAUGCAUUUAUUUGUUAUAUUUUUUUUAUAUUGAGGAAGACUUAUUAUUGAGAAGAGGCCUUUAUGUAACUGUAUAAAAUGUAUAUUUGGCUACGAUUUUUUUAGUAGUACUAAGUUUUAGUAUUUAUUACAGUGUAAAUAUAAUUGUACAUUAUAGUUUUUGUAUUAUUACUUGUAAUAAAUACAGAUUUACUUUUUUUCUA